AGAAGCAGUCCUGAGAUUUAUUUCUGGUGAGAAUAUCAAACGAGUUUCUCAAUAAUUCACAUUGCAUACUGCGCAUUCAACUGGCUUUACUGUAUGUGCCUUUCAGUUUUUGUUUUAAAAUGAGCAAAACAGAGAAACCUUUAUCCACUCUUUGGGGUUGUGAGCUUAAUGAAUCUAAUAAAGAAGAGUCCUUCAAGACGGAUGACACGAACCAUCAACACCAGCUGGCGCUGAGAACGAUGUGUCUGGGUCACACUGCUAAAGAUGAGUUCAAUAUUGUCGAGUUGGUCACUGGUGAGGGCAACAGCAGCGCGAAAGCGGUUCCCAUAGCAACACUACAUGCUAAAUCUAUGCCUACGGUCAACCUGUCUGGAUUGGAUCUUCAUCCACCCGUGACCUUUCGCCUGAAGCGUGGCUCUGGGCCGGUGUACGUCGGAGCUGAACAUGUGGCCCUGGAGGAGUACUCUGAUGAAGAAGAGAUGGAUGAGGAGGUAGAAGAGGAGGAGGAAGAUAUUGAAGAAUCACCUGUUAAAGUCACAAAAAAUGGUGCUGGCAAAAGAAAGAAGCCAGAAAAGGGAGAGGAUGAGAAAGCCUCAGAUGGUGAAAAUCCACCUAAAAAGGGUAAAGGAAGGGGACGGAAGGCGCAAGCUGCAAAGAUGUGGAUGGGAAGCGGCACAUUCCCAGAAGGCCGCUGCUGGACAUUUGAGUUGGGAUCUCAAAUUUCUCACCAUGGUCCCAUUGUAGUUAAGCUUCCUGUCAAUAAAACUGUUGGAGGGUAAAGCAAA